AUGGUCAGACACUAUGCAGUCAAUGGUGACCUUCAUUCUGCACGUAAAGUGUUCGAUGAAAGUCCCAGCCGAAGUGUUUAUCUCUGGAACUCCAUAAUUCGAGCCCACGCUCAAGCUCACAGAUUUGACCAUGCAUUUUCUCUGUUUAAUAGGAUGCUUAGAAGUGAAACCAAGCCUGAUAACUUCACUUAUGCUUGUCUUAUACGUGCCUGCUCUGACAGUCUUGACUUAGAUGGACUGAGACUCGUCCAUUGUGGAGUUGCAGUUUCUGGGUUGGGAUUGGAUUCCAUUUGUAGUAGUGCACUUGUUACUGCUUAUUCAAAACUGGGUCUUGUUGAUGAAGCAAGUAGGGUGUUUCAUUUGACGCCGCAGCCGGACUUGGUAAUGUGGAAUUCUAUGAUUUCGAGUUGUGGAAAUUUCGGGUUUUGGGAUAAAGGGCUAGAACUAUUUAGUAUGAUGAGAUGCAGGAAGGUAGGGCCUGAUGGAUAUACAUUUGUUGGGUUGCUUUCGGGUUUGAAAGAUUCGAGCUUGAUAAGUGUUGGCCAAGGAAUACAUGGUCUUUGUUUGAAAAGUAACUUGGAUUGUAAUGAUCAUGUAUGUAGUGUACUUGUGAGCAUGUAUUCAAGAUGUAAAUGUAUGGAGUCUGCACAUAAAGUUUUUAGUGGUUUGUUUGAGCCAGAUUUAGUUACUUGGUCUUCUUUGAUAACUGGGUAUUCUCAGUCUGGAGAUUAUGAAAAGGCAUUGUUGUUCUUCAAGUGUUUGAACAUGGAAGGCAAGAAGGCAGAUCCUAUUUUGAUUGCCAGUGUGUUGGCUGCUGCUUCUCAGAUAGCAAAUGUAGGGCCGGGUAGUGAGAUACAUGCUUAUGUUGUUCGACGAGGAACUGUAUCAGAUGUGAUGGUUUCUUCUGCUCUCAUAGCCAUGUAUUCAAAGUGUGGUUUCAUGAGAAUGGGGAUUCGUGUUUUUGAGGCAAUGCCAGAGAAGAAUAUUGUUUCAUACAAUUCAUUAAUAUUGGGUUUUGGUUUGCAUGGACUUGCGUCUGAGGCGUUUAGAAUGUUCAAUGAGAUACUGAGAAACGGAUUAGUACCUGAUGAAUCUACUUUUUCUGCUCUUCUUUCUGCAUGCUGCCAUUCUGGGCUUGUCAAAGAUGGCCGAGAAAUUUUUAGAAAAAUGAGAGAAGAGUUUGGCAUUGAAGCUAGAGCAGAGCAUUAUGUUCAUCUGGUGAAGCUUCUUGGGAUGGAGGGCAGGUUGGAAGAGGCUUACAAUCUGAUCUUGUGCUUGCCAGAACCUGUGGACAGUGGCAUUUGGGGAUCCCUUUUAUCAUGCUGUGAUGCCUGUGGGGAUUCCGAGCUGGCAGAAAUUAUAGCUCAGAAGCUCUUUGAAAGUAGUUCCGAGAAAACUGCUUACAGAGUCAUGCUUUCGAAUAUAUAUGCUGGUGAUCGAAGGUGGGAUGAAUCAAAGAGAGUAAGGGAUUACAUAACAGAAGGCCAAUUGAGGAAAACAACUGGGUUUAGCUGGAUUAAAGGUAGUUAG